CAGACGAUCUCCUCCAGCAUCACAAAUAGUAUUUCUUCCUUUGCUGUCGCUGAGGCCGCAAGCUCAGGUGUUCGCAGUUAUAAAUAAACUUGAAUCCUGGAUGGAGUGAAAUUCUGAAUGGAUUAAAGCUACAGCAUCAUAAGGAAAUACUCGUUUAAAGCACGCGCAUCAUCGUAUAUUAUUAUUGCAUUUAUUCUUUUCUGAUAAAAGAAGAAUGUUGGCAAGUGUGAGCAUUCUUUCACAUGCAUGCAAAGUGUGCAUACUCAGUAGCUGCGUGUUGCCUAUUGAAAUGAUAAGUAAGAAAAAUCUUUAUUUUGGAUGCUAAUAUUGUAAGUUUUAUGUGAAAUAUUUGUUGGAAAGUUUUCGAAUAGAAAUGUUUGUGAAAUUUUAUACAUGAAAAUACGUGACAAUAAUUUAGUAGCACGGUUUCUAGAAAGUUCGUUUGGCUCCUCAUAACCCAAAGUGCAUCAAGUUGUUCGUAAAGAUAAUUUUAACUUGGUAAAUAAGUAAGUGUUAGCUUACCUUUGCAACAUUUACCAUCAAGAAGAAAAAUAACAUACGGAUUUGUAUUAUUUGAAGAACUUGUGUUUUUUUUUUAUAUAGAAGCUUUAAAUUAAUAUCUGAUUGUAAGAGCAGUAAAAGGAAGAAAACAAAACUAACUUAUUUAUAACUGUAAUGUGUGUUUAGGGCUUUUAACUAGAUUUCUAAAAAAUAAUAUCGUUUGCAUUUUCGAAAGAGAAAUUAAGAACGAUUACUAAUGAUAAUUGUUGCCUAACAUAUUUCUAUGCAAAGAAGUAAGCUUAAUAAAUUUUCUCUAUGCAAAAUAAAAAUUAUUUUUGAAAACAGUAAUAUAUUUUAUUAGAAUUAAGUUUAUAGAUUAUUCUUUAUCAAACCAGUUUUAUUUAAGUAAGUUUUGGAAGUAACAUAAAAUUAGGCGAGUUUCAUAAUUGUUAGGAAUUCGAAAAUAAAUAACCGUACAUCUUUCAUUAUUUAAUUGUAUUAGUGUGUCAAAACAAAACGAGAACAAGUUUUAGAAGUUGAAAAUGUUUUCUUAAUAAUUUCAGAACAUAAAAUUUCUUUAAUGUAAAUAACUGAACUUUAAAAAAAAAGAUUUGUUAUUAAAAGCAUAUAACUUUGUUUUCAUUCAUUGUUAAAAAAAGCGUUCAUACGAAUAUAAAUAAAAUGAUCAAAUUGUUAAAUUUUUAUCAGGAAAUUAAGAUGAUAGAAUUUUGCAGUUCUGUAAGAAAAGCAAUGAAUUAUAAAUCUGACAAUAACAUAUAAUUCAGAAAAUUAUUAUAUAUAAAAAUCUGAAUUAAAUAAAAUGUGCGCUAAUGGGAAAAUAAGCAUGAACUUCAUACUAAUGCAAAAAGAUAGAUUAUAACAAAAAUUUAGCAUUUAUAUUCAUCUUACAUAUUUUGUAGUAAGUUAUACUAAAGAACUGAAGAUAAAUAAGACAGAGAGAAGCAAAAAUCAUAUGCGAUAUCUAUUUUACAAGUGGGAACAAAAAGAAAUUUUUAUUGCCUGCACUCAUCUGUGCGUUUGUUUUAAAUUUUAAACAGAUACUUUGUAUGUAAAAGACAUUAUUUGUGGAAAGCUUAAUAUACUGAUACAGAAACAAGACAGUGACUUUGUCAAUAGUUAAAUUCCUUGCAAAUUUUUUUAAAAACCAAGGAAAAAAAAGAUUUAAAGAAUUUUAAAUUUGAAAAUACAUAAAUGCAUUUUAUUAGGAAAUUUAAAAGUGAUAAAGAACUGCUUUUAUAAAACUAUAUUUUAUAGUAGUGUUAACUUUUUGAGUUUCAUAAACACUUUCCAUAUAAAAAUUUAUAUUACUUAAAAAGUAUAAGAAUGGCAAACCAGGAAUCUUCACCAAAACUUCUUAUCGAUGGUCAGCAGACUUUUGUUGCUUCAGAAUCACUGACUAACGAAGCUGAAACCUCGCUUACAGAGCGAUGUGGGUAUUGCAACAAACCCAAGAGACCAGAAAAAUCUCAAUCAUCGCCAGAAAACACGCAUUUAUGUCAGUGCCCCAGCGCUUCCGAAUCUACUGAUCCAAACAUCCGAUUGGGAACAGUUCCCUCAAGCGCUUUUCGCAGAUCACCAUCACCGCGACCCUCUCUUGUGCCAUCACCUGGACGCUCGAAUGCAACCCUUGGAAUACAAAGUGAUGGUGGGAAAGUAGAAAUUGUGAGCAUUCGUGAGAAGCACGGUUUUUUCCGGAAGGCAAUACCACAUAUGCCAUUGCCAUUGGCUGUGUUCUUAUGCUUGCUGAACGUUUUGCUUCCUGGCACUGGUGUUAUUUUAAAUCUGAUAAUGGAUAACUGCUUUUGCCUAGAAACUUUUUUUUUGUGCACCUCGUAGCAUUUCAAAUUCAAUUUUAUUUUGUCCUCCAGUGGAGCAUUUUGUUUUACAUCAGUUUCUGUCAGUUUUGAGAAUGCC